AUGUCUUGUUCAGAAUCUGCACCGCUACUCGAAAAUGGUGGCCAUAUGGGUCAUAGGAACCUCCCCUUUUCUCGUGUUGUCAACUUCAUGAAAGGCGAGGGCGAGCCAUCAUGGACAGAAUCGUUCAAGUUCUUUAUUUUUGGGACAUGGUUCAAUAUCCUACUCGUAUUUGUACCUUUAAGCUUCAUCUCACACAACUUGGACUGGGACGUUGGCCUUGUGUUUUUGUUUAGCUCUAUGGCCAUCGUGCCCUUGGCUAAGCUGUUGGGCGAGGCAACAGAUCAGUUAUCUGUCAAAUUAGGAGAAACAAUCUCAGGUCUCCUUAAUGCAUCCUUUGGGAAUGCCUUGGAAAUUAUCGUUGGUGUUGCUGCUUUACUCAACGGUCAAUUGCGGAUUGUUCAGAUGUCUAUGAUUGGAUCGAUCUUGUUAAACAUAUUGCUCGUCCUUGGUUGUUCGUUUCUCGCCGGUGGGUUAUAUCAUACACAAGGAUUUUUCAAUGGUACUGGGGCUCAGACGUGCCUUAUGACUCUGUUAUGCAUCACGCUUGUUGUUCUUGCGGCAUAUACAAGUACUACAGACGCUGGAAUGCAGAAUCGUUGCAGUGAUCUCGAUGAAUGUCCCACUGCGGGUCUUCUCUUUAUCUCCAGAGGAACUGCCAUAUUGCUCCUAGGGGUUUACUGUGCCUACCUUUGGGUUGAGUUAAAAACUCAUCACUUUCUCUUCAUCGCACCUUCUUCACCUACGGCUGAACAAAACAAUGAGGUAACGGUAGCAUUGGCAGAAACGGAGGAAACGGAACCUCGCAUAGGAACAGCCGCUGCCGGUGUUGCACUUUUAUCGGCCACUUUCAUUACCGCAUUUUGUGCUGAGUAUCUGGUUGCCUCCAUCGAGGCGACUGCAGUCCGCUAUUCCAUCCCGGAGGCCUUUAUUGGUGUUAUCUUGUUGCCGAUCGUAGGAAAUGCCACAGAACAUGUCACUUCAGUCUGGAUGGCAAUGAAGAAUAAAUACGAGCUCACCAUCACCAUUUGCGUUGGGAGUUCGAUUCAAAUUGCCUGCCUCGUAGUUCCACUUCUUGUGAUCGUCGGUUGGAUCGUCGGCCAACCCCUGACGUUGCACUUCCACAACUUCGAGACAGUCGUCCUCUUUGCAUCUGUCUUUCUAGUCUAUCUAUUGCUCAUGGAUGGAACUGCCAAUUAUCUGGAAGGUCUCAUACUCCUUACCCUCUACUUGGUCAUCGCCCUCGCAUGUGAGUUACCCAUUGAGCCCUUUAAUCACCUUCUCAUUGCCAUUAGUUUGGGUAACCUGAGAUACCACCGAUUAUUGCCAUUAUUGGCGGCACUAACAUAG